CGCAGCGACGUGAGAUUCUGGGGCCGGAGGCCGUCGCGACUGUAGAUCCCCAGUUGGCGUCGCCGCCGCAAUCUUCCUCCAGUCCUCGUCGGUUUCGUCCCCAAUUGGAGCGCACGAGACAAUUCGGGCCAUGGCGAUGCUCCGAUCUGCUAUUCGUCUCGCUUUCCGGCAGUCGGCACCGGCCCCUCCCUUCUUCGGGAACGUUGGCCGCCGCAACCCUGCAUCCACGAUCACAUCGAAGCGGAAUUAUUUCAACAGUAGCGAGUAUGACUUUGUGAAGGAAGACUUUACGGACCCCUGGAAUGCAGUAGACUUUUUAAUUGGUGGCUUUGGUUUUGCCAUAGGGCUUUUGUUCUAUCACAAUUUGAAAACAUCCAGGUACAAUACGGCACACUAUGUACAGAAAUCCACUUCUGAUACUGGUCAUUAUGGACAGGAGAAAGCGGAGAAAAAAGAAUUGUCAGAAGUGUCCAUGUCUAACUGAAACUUGGUCUCGGUGGUGAUAUG